ACGCAAAGUGAUUUCCUGGGGAAGGGCACAUAUUCCUUCUCUCCGGGCUGUUCACGUAUGCAGCAAUCGGAUCAAUACAAUUAUCUACAUUUGGGUGUCCCCAAGUUGCAUCUCCUGGAGACUAUAUCUAAAGGACCAAUCAGCAAACUCCAGAUCAUUCCGCCCAAGACUGCAGACCACCGAACCGACCAAUGAAAAAUAAAAAUCUUUUUGUCCCGCAGCCGACAUUGCGGGUUUAAGUGAGAAGGGAGAGGGCGGGGCGUCUUUUGUCACCCAGACCAAUGAGCGAACGCGCCCGAGUGGCCCGUUUCCUACCCCCGCCCUUGCCAUCCCUGGCUGAGGAAAGUUUCAGUCGGGCUGGUUGGGGCUGGUAGCGGAGAGGAGCGGCCAUGGCUGUCGGUUGGCGAGUUUGGUGCGUGCCGGCGGUGGCGGCGCUGGCGUUGGCGCUGCUCUUCGUGGCUUGCCGCUUCCCCUCUGCCUCUGCCUUCCGCAGAAAGGAGAUGGUGUUGUCAGAAAAGGUUAGUCAGCUGAUGGACUGGACCAGCAAGAGAGCAGUGAUAAGAAUGAAUGGAGAUAAAUUCCGUCGUUUUGUCAAGGGAUCGCCAAAAAACUACUCUGUGAUUGUGAUGUUCACUGCUCUUGAACCACAUCGACAAUGUCUGGUGUGCCGGCAAGCUGAUGAAGAAUUCCAUAUUUUGGCCAACUCCUGGAGAUACUCGAAUGCUUUUACCAACAAGAUAUUUUUCGCUAUGGUAGAUUUCGAUGAUGGGUCAGAUGUAUUUCAGAUGCUAAACAUGAAUUCGGCUCCAACUUUCAUGAACUUCCCUGCUAAAGGAAAGCCAAAACAGAGUGAUACAUAUGAAUUACAAGUGCGGGGUUUUUCAGCUGAGCAGAUUGCCCGAUGGAUAGCCGACAGAACUGAUGUCAACAUUCGAAUAAUUCGACCUGCAAAUUAUGCUGGCCCCCUGAUGUUGGGAUUGCUCUUGGCUGUUAUUGGUGGUCUUGUGUAUCUUCGAAGGAGCAAUCUAGAUUUUCUUUUUAACAAAACUGGAUGGGCUUUUGCAGCUUUGUGUUUCGUGCUUGCAAUGACGUCCGGGCAGAUGUGGAACCACAUAAGAGGACCACCGUAUGCUCAUAAGAAUCCCCAUACGGGACAGGUGAAUUAUAUCCAUGGAAGCAGCCAGGCCCAGUUUGUUGCUGAAACACACAUUGUCCUUCUGUUUAAUGGUGCUGUUACUCUGGGGAUAGUGCUUUUGUGUGAAGCCAUCACAUCUCACAUGGAUAUCGGAAAGAGAAAGUUAAUGUGUGCUGUUGGCAUUGUGCUCGUUGUGGUGUUCUUUAGUUGGAUGCUGUCUGUCUUUAAGUCAAAAUACCAUGGCUAUCCCUACAGUUUCCUGAUGAAUUAAAAAGAAACAAAUCAACGCUGGAACAUUAAAGCUUGGAAAUUGUAUAUAUUGUGUUGGAACAGUGCAAAGUGUGUAUGGUUCAUAUUACCUCUCUUGAAAAGGAUUGAGAUUGUGUUAAAAAAUUGAACCAAAGAGUGAUGUGUAGUGCCUUAAUGUUAACAAGAAGUUUGCUUUAAAAGUCCGUGCAGUGUUAGGACAAAAUUUCCCUUCUGUUGUUAACCUUCCCGUCCCUGUGAGCUUUACAAAACAUUGAACCUCGUGGAAUUCAGAGUUUUUUAGAUAGAGUAUGUUUUGGGAAUAAAAGAAAAUCUUCUAGUAGCACUACUUCAGUCUAAUUUGAGGAAUUCUUUUUUGUUCAUUUUUAGCCACCUGAUAAAAUAUUUUUCUACUCCAGUAUGAAGAGAUGUCUUGAUCAAUCUUUAUCUAUCCAGCAAUUCCAGAUAACUACGAUAAAUGUCCUCUACCCGUUCCCCACCCCUUUCCCCCAUGGAAUUGAUGCUUUGCACAUCUGUCUUUUAGGUUGAUAAACCAGAUGUGCUGUGUUGCCUCCUAAAAACAGAACCCACUCCCCAUGUAUACAGACCAAGGCUCCCUAAUGGAUUUUUUUGCCUGGGUCUUUUCUCCUAAAGCACAUUGCUAUGUAGCUUUAGACAUGAAAAAGUCACAAAAAAAAGUCAUCUCUGUGGGUGCUAAUAAGCAGUCUUAUACUUAGAGUUUUCAAGUGAAUUCCUUUUCCCUAGUUUUCUGUAAUUCAAGAAAGCUCAUUUAAAAUAUGCCAGCUUGAUAAUAAAUUAGUCCAACUUCCUGAUUAAAACAAUUGUCCUUAUUUGAAGUUACUUUGAGGGUUACCAUAGUAGCUCACAGAAUGAACCUAAACAUUUUCCAAUUGGGACAAAUUUCUUUUAGGCUUUGUCUACUUUGGGACAAAGAGUUUGAAAGAUGAUUAAAUAAAGGUACAAUUCUAGGGACUUCAGGGGGGAUCCACAUGAUGAGUAAUUGGUAUGUGACAGGUAGUACUCGAAUGAAUAUGUUAUAUAGUGAAUUUUUUUCAACUUCAAUUACGCUUAUUAAUUGAUGCUAAGCAUGACACCUAGUGACUGUCAGUUAUCCAAUGGUUGGGGUGAACAGGUGGUCAGGCUCUACUGUGCUAAGUUGCUUAAUGUAUGCUUAACUAAUUGGGCUAAAAAAUGUUUUGUUGUUAAAAAAAAAAUCUCCUGCCCAUGGGGCCAUACAUUGGACAUCCAGUUUGUCUUGGUUGCUGCCUCUGUACAUAAAUGAAGUGCCCUUGAAAAUCUAUGGUACUUAUCUUUUCCCCCUCCUCCUCCUUCCCCAAGUAGAGUAUAAGCUCCUUGAGGGCAGGGGCAGUUGGCUUUUUGUGUUGUAUUUCCAGCACCUUACACAUAGUAGGCACUUCAUAAAUGUUCGUUGAACUAAAUUGAAUUCUUUUAUUUUCCCCAACCUCUUUAAGUAGAAGAUCAAGAUAAAAAUCGGAUAUGUUUUGCUCUUUGGCUUUCUUCAAUGAAUGAAAAUAAUAGACCAAACAGUUUGAGAAUGAACUAUUGUAACUGAUAUGCUUCUACUCCCUAUUUAAGUUUCCAGUGUGGUUACUAUCUUUCUGUGAGAAUUUACCAUUAGGUCAAAAUCCAUAUUAUCUUCAGCAAUGAUGAGAAAAGUAAAUACAAUGAUGGGGACGGAGAGAGAGGGAUGAAAGAAGGAAAGUGAAGUCCUACCUUUUUGUUUUUAUGCUGUGACUGCCAGCUAUUGUUUACCUUCCCCAGAGUAUAUACCAUGAGAUUCUGUGGCUUUAUGUGAAUGAGGCCAUAGGAGAUCACUGUUUGGAAAGAGCCUCCAGGCUUCCGAAGAAAGGUGGCUUUUAAGCCAUUGCUUAAGGGGAAUGGUUGACCGAGGUGGUCUUAUGUAGCUCCAUCUUUUAUUUGUUACUCCAUUGGGUACCUCCAUUUGUGGAUUCUCUUGUGUCUCCAUCAGCUGUUGUUGCUCACGUUGGACCCACUGAAUUUAUGCUCUGAUAACCCAAGAGUGAGAUUUGUUAUGAAGCUGUCUGGCCGCAAGAAAGUAUUAGAAUAUUACUUGUACAGAGAGACUAGUGUGAGUUAUUUUCAUUUAGCUCACUUAUCGAGCAGCUGUGUAAAGCGUGUGGAGAAAAGAAAUAGUGCUGUAUUCAAAAUUGAACAUCUCUUUUAUUUGAAUUUUGAAACUGACUUCCAUCUAAAGUGCCUUAACUAGACUUAACUUAGCUUUUCCAUGACCAGUUUACAUCUCACUUGUGUUACUUUUAAGUAAAACAUCACAGUUACAGAGAUAAUCAUAUAACAUUUCAAUAAACCAUUUUACAAUCUUAAUUGCAGGCUUUUGAUGGAGAUUUUUAAUUUUUAAAAAAGCGAGCAGACAAAUUUAAAAGACAAAAAUGAUUCUAAUUUGGAUGGUCUGAUGGCUUUCUGAUUUGGAACCUGAAUAAUGAUGAGCCUGGUAGUUUCAAAUAUGUUUAUCAUUUCUUGGCAAACUUUAUUUACGUGAGACUGAAAACUCAAUUUCAACCUUUUUUUUUUUUUUGAAUUUUUACAGCCUAUUGGAUUACGCAGAAUAUCUAAGAAAGUAAGUGAGCGGAUAUCUGAGUGUUUUAGGUUCUGACCUGUUCAAGUAAAUAUUCGUAGUAGAAUCUUGUCUAACAAAGUCAAGAAUGGAGAAGAUUACCUGAACAGCUUGAGUAAAUAACUCACUCUUUUAUGAUGAAUCAGCCCCAUGUAGAUAGAGUCUUUUGCUUCAUGACUGCUUCCACUCUCUAUUCUGCUUUGGAGGACUCACAAUAGAUUGUUGGAAUUUACAAUUCUUCCCUCAGUAUUCCAAGAUCAUGGUGGAUAGGUCUGCUUUUAACAGUGUGAAAUUAAUAGAAUUUUAAAAGUCAAUUCUCACAGAAACCAUUGCAAUGAUAGUUACCUGUGUAUAUGAAUCUAUAUGAAUAUAUACGUGCAUAUUUAUUGUUGUUAUUGUUGUUGUAAUUACUGUUAUCAUUAUAGUAGGGAGAUUGCUGGACUAAGAAUGAGGUGAUCUGGGUCCCAUUUUGGGCUCUGCCAUUAACUAGUUGUGUGACCUUUAAUGUCUGGGUGUCAGUUUCCUUGUCUGUAAAAUGAAGGCUUUGACUUGAAGAAACCCUUUGUGUAGAGGAUCAGGACCUGGGUGUAAAAUAUCAGGAGUUUUAAAUAGACCAAAGUCAUUUGAUGCACCACAACUGGGAAAGAGUUGGAAUAUUGUCAACUGAAGUUCAGUAUAAUCCCUCCAUGGGCCAUUUGCUCCAAGUUUAGAAACUGAAGAGGAGAUAACUAGCAUUUGAGGAGCCUGGAGUAAAGGAGAGGCUAAACAGAGAGCAAUGUAGUGGAAAGUCCCAGUGUAGAGUAGCAAACCCUGGCCGCCUCUCUUGCUGGGGUCUCAUUCAAAGUAGUCAUCUAAGUUACAGGGAUUGUAUCGAUCACUAAGGGAAGAUUGGCCUAGUACAGGGCUUGGCAUCUUUUGUGUCUGUAUCUGUAUAACUAAACUUCUUUGUUUUAGCAAAAUGAAGGCAGUGAACUAGGGGAUCUAAAGGGUCCCAAUCAGCUCACACAUUCUCCACUUCCAAGUUCAUCAAGUGUUAAGGCUGGAGUUCAGCUUUCAAUGAAUGUCUCAUUUUUUUUUUUUAUAUUCACGUUUGGCUGUUUAAUGAAAGCUAUAAGCUACAGGCUUUUCUGCAGCCAUUAGAUUGCAGAAUCAGUAUAUUGUGAAAUACCAUAAAAGGAUAUGAAGAAUUCCAUAUGCCAUAUAUUAGUAAAAUGUCCGAUACUAUGAUUUCUUUUUAAAAUAAAGUUUGUUUUGCAUCAGUAACUUCUCAGUAUACUUUAAAUCCCAUAAAAACCUGCCUUGUAACCACAGAAAACAGUUAAGCAAAAUCAGUUGCCUUGGGGACAGCAUGUAGUGGCAUAUGCAGUAUUCUGCCUCCUUGGACUCUCUGUGGAAGGAAGGACAGUGUGUUUUAUCAUUAUUCUUUGGAACCCAAAUGGGUGGGUACAUUGAGUCUGAGAUCUGAUGCCCUUUAACAUUGUUUGCCUUUCUAUUAUUGUUAAUGUGUAUAUUAUUUUCUUGUUCGCCUUUCUUUUGCGUUAAUUCAUACAGGUCUUCCCAUGUUUCUGUGAAUUCUUACUAUUUGUAAUUUCUGAUGAUCCAAUAAUCUGUUAUAUUGUUCAGGCAUUUCCUUAAUCGAUGGGCAUCCAUGUUGUUCUGGUUUUUCAAUCCUUUAAUCUAGAGGGAACUCACUUUGGAGCUGUUAGCUCUGUACUAUGUGCAACCAUGAUUCGUGGAUGAAAUGGUGAUAUAACCCUUUUCACUGAGUGGUAUUCAGCAAUGUUCCUGAUGUUUCCAUUUGGCAAGUUUUUGUAUCUGCGAUUAGAUUCUCUAUUUUUGUCCUAGGCUUAGCUAUCUCAUUCUAAAUGAAACAUAGUAGAAAGUAUAAGUUUAAAGAACAGUAGCAUUUUUGAGCUAGAAGAGACCUUGACGUAUCUAGUCUAACCUCUUCAUUUUACAGAUAAGGAAAUUAGUCUUUGGAGUAGUGAAGCUAAUUAAAUUCACACAGCAAAUUGGUAGCUCUCUCAGUUCGUUAACUCUUAUUUUGGUUUUUCAUAUGAAAAGUGCCAAACAGAUUCACUCUGAACCCCCAAAGCAUAUGAAGGACAGUAAAUAAUUCUAUUUCUCAUGUGGUAUUAUUAGAAGAUUCUCAAUACAGCAAGAAAGGCUUUGCACUACGACGGUAGUGAACAUGAGACACUGGAAAGACGAUAUUUAGGAGGUGUGAAAUUGGAUACUUUCACAUCUAGACCAAAAGAUCUCACUCCUCAACUUGAAUCCCUGAGUAGCCACCCAGGCCAGUGAUGGCCAGCUAAAUGACUUCUCUAGGGGGUUGGAGAGAUGAGUUUUUAUAGGUUGGCUCUGCUGGCUGGCUGAGGUAAUACUUAAAUGUUGUGCUGUCCUCAUUUGUUGACCCAAUUCAUGACGUGCUUCUAGUAUAUCCUAUCAGUUGAGUGGCCCCUGACCAAUGAAGGUGGGAGGAGGAGAGAAAAUACCUGGGUUAGGGAUUCCCUCUUUAGCCAAAUUGAAUUUUUCAAUUUUUCAAGUCAUAGCCAUGAGUGUUGGACUAUGACAAACCCAAUACAUCCGGCCCCUAGUGGGAUCAUAGAUUUAGAUCUGAAAGGCACUUUAGCAGCCAAUCUAUUCCAAUUAAUCCCACCCCUAUUAUACAAAUAAAAAAACUUGGUCCAGAUAGCUGAAAUUCACUUCAAUUCCAUAAAUAUUUAUAAAGCGCCUAUUAUGUGCCAGGUACUGUGACUUUUCCAAGGUCACCCAGAUAGCAAGGGACAGGGCUGAGAUGUAAACCUCUAUGUCCUCCCAUUCCAAAUCUAGUGCUUUUUUAAAAAAAAAAUAAAAAUAUUUUCUUUUAUACAAAUUUGGUGCUUUAGUCUCCACCACAAACCAAAUGUUAUACACAAUUAAGAACAUCAUAAAGGUGGUGGGGGCAUUUUAUAAAGCUAAAAACAAGUCUCAGCCCUGCCACUUUUUACCUGUGUUACCUUGGAGUGGUCACUUCACCCUGAGGAGUGUAGUUUUCCCAUCUGUGAAAAGAAGAGGUUGGCUUUGAUGACCUCUAAGGUUCCUUCCAGCUCUAUGUGUAUGGUGCUAUCAUGUAAGCUCCUUGAGGGCAGGUACUAUUUUUCACCUUUUGUCUUUGUAUCACUAAGGCCUAGCAUAGUGCCUUGCAUAUAGUAGCUACUUAAAAUUGUUUUGCUGAAUUGUUUGUAAGUUAAUACUACCCAGGAUGCACUUAGCAAAGUUCUUGGCACUGUCAAAUGGUUCAACCUGAGAAAUUGGUCUUAUCAAUAGAAAUGGCACGACAAAGAAGAUGGAUUUCGGCUGAUUUCCCGGCUGCUUCACCCCAAGGACCGUUGGGCCUUUCCAUCCGAUGUACAGUAGAAACUUCCUAUCUAUAUGUUAUCUCCUCCUAUUAGAAUGUGAGCUUGAGCACAGGAACUGUCUCAACUUUGUAAUUGUAUCCCCAAUACUUAGCGCAGUGCAUUGCAUAUAGUAAGAUCUAAAUAAAUGCGUUUUCAUUCAUUCAUUCA